AUGAUGGACAAAUACGGAUAAAUUGUUGGUGCAGAUUUCACAAAGGGUUCUAAUAUUUUUGAUGUGAUAGGUGGGAUUGCUGUAAUUUCUGAAAUUAACGUUGUUGGAACUCCUGGAUCAUCCUACUAGCUAAUAUUCUCUUCUGAUGGGAUUGAUUUGAGUAAAAAAUCAAACAAAGAUAUUAUGAAUCAUGAGGGGAACUAAAAUCUAGAUUUUAAUUUAGAUUUCAAACUCAGAGAAUGUGAAGUUGGUGAAAAAAGCUAAAUGUAUUGGAGGAUCUCUGAUUGGGCCACUUCCUGGCUAUUGGAGAAGAAAUAAUGA